AUGUCGAUAUCCUCUAAAACCGGUCUUGCCCUAUUUUUUUCCUGUGUGGUGGCGAUCACCGCCACUACCGCUGUAAUGGCGCAAUGCGAAGGUAAUUUUCAAGGCCUUAUGCAGCAAUGCUCGAGGUACGUUCAGAAAACGGGCCCCAGAGAAAGCCCGUCCCAAGAAUGUUGCAACGUUGUGAAAAGUGUCGACUUGCCGUGCGUGUGCCGGCACAUAACGGGACAGGUUGAACAGAUAGUGAGCAUGGAGAAAGCAGCCUAUGUUGCAGCGUUUUGUGGCAAACCCCUACCGCGCGGGACCAAAUGUGGGAGUUAUGUUGUUCCUGGAAACUAG